GCUCAGCUUCGGGGUCUCCCCCUUCCCCUUUCCCGUGACACCGACUAGACAGAAAGAAGGAAAAUAAAUAAUCAUUAUUAUUAUUACUAUAAUAAAAUACUACUAUUAAUAAUGGAUCUGUUUGAGCAAACCGGAUGUGUAACCUGGAGAACAAAGCUGAGUUCUGUACUUUGUUAGGGAUGUGUGUGUGAGAGUGUGUGUGUGUGUGUGAGUGUGUGUGUGUGUGUGAGUUUGGUCAUGUUUAAUGAGUGACAGAAGGCGUUGAACGGGCUGGGUCCGUUGGGUUCUUGUGGGCUCCGGUAGGGUGAACCAUGUCCGGGAUGGAGCAGGAGGGUUUUCCCGGGACAGAGCUGAUCCCGGAGGCCGGGGUGGAGGGGCUCCGGGCCGAGCUCGAGCGCGUGUCCCGGGAGCUGAGCGAGACGAGCCGGGAUAAGAUCCGCGCUGCGGAGUACGGGCUGGCGGUGCUGGAGGAGAAACAGCAGCUCAAACUGCGCUAUGAUGAGCUGGAGACUGAAUAUGAAGCCCUGAGACAUGAACUGGAUCAACUCAAAGAGGCGUACGGUCAGGCCCACUCUGCCCAGAGGAAGGUUGCGGAGGACGGCGAGAGUCGUGAGGAGUCCCUCAUCCUGGAGUCGGCAUCUAAGGAGGCGUAUUAUGAGCAGAGGGUGCAGGAGCUGCAGGCUGAGCUGAGGCAGGCCAAAAAUGUGCUCACCAGCACACAGAGUGAGAACGAGCGACUGAGUGUCCUCACACUCGAGAUGAGGGAGAAUGCUGAGCUGUUGGAGCUACAGCGCACUCGUCUGCGUGAUGACAUCAGAGAGUAUAAAGUCAGAGAGUCUCGGCUGCUGCAGGACUACAGCGAGCUGGAGGAGGAGAACAUCAGCCUGCAGAAGCAAGUGUCCACGCUCAAAGAGGGCCAGGUGGAGUUUGAGGGUCUAAAGCAUGAGAUCAGGAGGCUGGAGGAGGAAGCUCAGUACCUUAACAGCCAGCUGGAGGAAGCCGUGCGGCUGCGUGAGAUCGGCGAGCGUCAGCUGACCGAGGCUCUGGAGACAGUGAAGAGCGAACGGGAGCAGAAAGCGGCGCUGCGCAAAGAGCUCACGCAUCACAUGACCCUGGGAGACUCUCUCCUCAGCGGCUCACUGGACGGACUCAGACUUAGCGAAUCGAACGAGCCCAACAAUGACGAGGCCAUGCGCGCCUUUGAGAACGGGCUCGCAAAGAUGGUUGACGACAAUGACGAAGAUAACGUUUCGUCCAUGCCGAAGAAGAGCCUGGUGGACGAUCUGCUGAGCGAACUGAACAUCUGCGAGAUCCAGAAGCUGAAACAGCAGCUGCACCAGGUGGAGCGAGAGAAGGUGGCACUCCUCUCCUCCCUCCAGGAGUCUCAGAAGCAAUUAGCACAGACACGUGGAGCGCUAGCACGUCUGAGCGAUGAUUUUGGAGCCACGCGACGUGUCCAGGUUGCAAAGGACAAAGAGAAAGAGAAGGACAGUGGCGAGGACGGAGACGUGGACUAUUACGAGCUGGACAUUCACGGCCCUGAGAUCCUGCGCUGCAAAUAUGAGGCUUCAGUGGCUGAGGCUGGAGAGCUGAGGGAGGAGCUUAAGUUGUUAAAGGCGGAGCUUGAGGAGGUUAGGGCAGAGCAUGAGGAGGUGCGGUCACGGCUGGAGGGCCAGGUGCGCGAUCUCUCGUCUCAGGUGUGCUCGCUGGAGAGCGACGGCCGAGCGGAGCGGGCACAGAUGGCACGGCUGCAGAGGGAGUUGGACGAGGUGAACACAGCUGCAGGUGAGACCCGGAGGACGCUCGGGGUGGCACAGGAUGAGCUGGCGUCGUUCAGCGAGGAGCUGGCUAACCUCUACCAUCACGUUUGUGUGUGCAACAAUGAGACGCCCAGCCGCGUCACACUCGACUUCUACAGAGAGGGGAAAGACAGUAAUGAGGACAAAGAUAGGAAAGACGGCAAAGAGGAGAAACCAGACAACACGAGCUCGACUGAAACCCCCGCUAGCCCUGGUUCGGCCUCAGUGAGAGACUCGAGGAAAGAGCCGAUGGACGUGUGCGUCCUGGCGGCGAUGAUUCGGGAGCAGAUGCGGCACCUGCAGCAGGCCGUGGAGCGAGGCACACAGCUGGCGAGGCAGAGGCUGGCACCUCUGGAGCUCGCAGCUGUGCCUGAUAAAGAGCAGGCAGCCUGCAUGGAGGAGAUCCUCAAACUCAGGUCACUGCUGAGCACCAAACGGGAACAAAUCGCCACGCUCAGGGCCGUGCUCAAGGCCAACAAACAGACGGCCGAGGUCGCUCUCGCCAACCUGAAGAGUAAGUACGAGAACGAGAAGACCAUAGUGACGGAGACCAUGAUGAAGCUCAGGAACGAGCUGAAGGCUCUGAAAGAGGACGCGGCCACGUUCUCCUCCCUCAGAGCCAUGUUCGCCACCAGAUGUGAUGAGUACGUGACUCAGCUGGACGACAUGCAGAGGCAGCUGGCGGCCGCUGAGGACGAGAAGAAGACCCUGAACUCGUUGUUGCGCAUGGCCAUCCAGCAGAAACUCGCACUCACGCAGCGCCUCGAGGACCUCGAGUUCCACAACGAGCAGGAGCGCAGGGGAAGUGCUGCCGCCGCCUCGGCCCGCGCCAAAAGACCCUUCUCUAAGAGCAAGAACCUGCACGUAAGUCCCACUCCGUCCUGUAGAGGCCGUCCUCUGCCCCACGGCAUUGUGGGUAGUCCUGUGGUGUUCUGCACCUGAACCACUUCAUUGCUGACCCUCCUCUCAUCCCUGACACCAACUAACCUUCAUCUUCAUCAUCGCUGCUUCAUCAUCACGUCUGUCUUUAACAUCGACUCUCUGGCUAACACUAACACUGCUGUCACUCGCUGACUGUUUGAUGCUGCGAUGAACUUCAUGUCUUGAGAGGGCCAAGUUAUCAUGAAGUCUUGCCUUGUUUUAUUAACAGUUUUUAAUCUUUACUGGCUUUCAGAGCUUUCAGAGUUCAGACUUAACAUCGCUUUUAAAGUCGGAUUUGUAAUAAGUGAUGAUUUUUAUGCUGAUCUGAGACCAGUGUUGGUGUUUCUCUUAUAGGAGUAUUUCAAAGGAGCCAGUGAGGUUCACUUUACUGAAAAAGAAUUAAAUUUCUCAUGAAUAUGUAUUAGUUGUGAUUAUUUUAAAUAUUUAUAUUAUUAUAUUUUUAUAUAUUAUUAGUAGUAUUAGUAGUAGUAUUGUUACUACAGUAUUAGUAUUAUUAUGUACGUAAAUAUAUAAUUUAUUACUGUAUAUUGUAUUAAUUAACUCAGUUGUCAGUUUACUAGGUACUAGUUAGUCACACAAACUAGAUUUCUAGCAUUCUGGUACGUAUUGUGGCUAAGAAUCGCUUAGUUUCACUGAAAGAGGCAAUUUGAGUGACAUUGCAGAUGACCAAUCACAGUCCUUUUCUGCAGCCAGUCGGGAAACGUGUCAUCACCUUCACCACUAACAGCUUCAAACAAAACUGUUCAGUAACUUUUUGUCAGCAUUGUUUCUAUACACUGACUGGUUUUCCUGCUGGAAACCAGCACAUGGUAGUAUGUAGUUAUAGAGAGCUAGUCACACUGCAACCAUCAUGAUCCUGAAGCUUGUUGCCAGAAAAGUGCACAAAAUAUAUCAGACACUACAUUGCCUCUGAGCGAGGCCUUGGCCUCAUCUGAGAUAUAGAUGUACCUGAUAAACAGACAGCUCAUAAAAUAAAACGAGAGGCAUUGUUUUAACCAGUAAACGCAGUCAGAGUGCCUUUUAGAGCAGUUUUACAUUCCCUAUGUUGAACCUUGAUGCUGGAAUUUACAUCAAGGACCAAUAGCAGCUCUGAAAGACAAGGGGCGGUCCUUCAUAUUGCAGCGCGGAAGAUUCAAAAUGGAAGACGCACUAAUUUUAGCAGGAAUCAGAUUUUAUACAUUACUUCUCGAGAGCUAGGAGGUGUCUCUUGUUGCCUGGCAAUUCAGGAAGCUCCUCCUUCUCCACUAGUAUUACACUGUUCUAACCAAGGCAGUAUGUGUGCGUGGCUUUUUGGGGGCGUGGCUUUGGAGGAACCGCUGUACUAGUUUGAAUGUUAUGAUUUGAAACAGCGAGCUUCAGCUAACUUGUGCCAAAGUUAACUUGUGUGCAUGCUGUCAACAAAAUGUCCUC